AUGCCAGGCUAUAGUGCCAACGCGCAGGCUGCGCUCAUCAAGGCCGUAAGUGUCUUCGAGGAAGAGCCCUCACCGUCUUCUAGCUCCAGUCUGACCGAAGAUGCCCCUCAGAUCAAACGAGUCUUCGAGCCGAAACGCAUGGUAGAAUCAGUCGAGGACCUCAUCGACGGUGUCACCCUUGGUCUAAUUCUACAUCAACUGGAUCCUAGCUUUGACACGUCCGCCCUCGAGACAAAUUCCAACACAUCCCGCUAUUUGACAAACAAGCGCAACAUUCAGAGCAUCUACAAGGGUCUCUUCCGCUACAUUCGACGAGCAGUUCCCGAGCUUGCUUGUCAGGCAAAAAAGUUCGACUAUCAUGCAAUCGCUGAGAAUCCCGAUGCUCAAGGCAUCAGUCAGCUCUUGGCUGUCAUGUUGGGAGUGGCCGCACUAGGUCCCGAAGCCCAGCAUUAUAUUCCUCGGAUAACAGGUCUCGACAAACACACUCAGGCAGAGAUUAUGCAAAUAAUCCAGACAAUACAACAGGAUAUUAACAGCUCACAAGGCGACGACGAUGUGGAUGAAGCCAUCGACGCUGUUAUGGAGGCGCGAGACAUUGAUCUACUCGUUGAAGAGCAGAAUGCAGCCUUGCGGUCGCAACUUGACUUAACAAAGAGACAACUGUCAGAUUAUAUCACCAGGCUUGAUCAUUUACAAACAAGUCACGAAGAGCUCCGGUUUGAUAAAGAGAAGAACGACCGAGAGCUGGAGGUCUUGCGGAAGGCCACUAUAGAUGGUGCUAACAAUGCCGAGAUGAUCAAAAACCUAGAGAUUCAGGUGCAUGACCAGAUGGAACUCAUUGCUAGACAUGAGGAAACAAUACGAAGAGACGAGCGCAUCAAGUCGCAACUCGAAGCUGAAGUCCUCAAAUUGACAGAAAAAUGCAAAGAGGCAGAAGAGCUUCGCGACCAAGCAACGGAAUGGAAACACAAAGCUGAGGAUCUCGAGAAGAAGGCCAAUACUGCAGAGCGGUAUAAGCAGAAACUCGAGUCCCAGCAACAUCUCGUCAAGGAGGUGCAAAACCUACAAUAUGAGAAAACGGAGUUACAAGAUCAAAUUAAAAUCCUACUAGAAGAUCAAGAUAGGGGGAAUCGGACGAGGAAAGCAGAGGAUGAGUUGACCAAGAUGAUUACUCAAUCCGAGCAGCAUCUUUGGGACGAACGCAGCCAAAAGAACCAGCUGAUGAAGGACAUCGCAGCACUGGAGGACGAGGUGAUUCGCUUGAGGGCACGUCAAAGCCACGAUGAGAACUUCAUCAAGGAUCUCCAGGAGCAACUAGAGAGUGGAGGAGCCGCACAAAGCGCAGAACCCGGCGCGUUAGGUCUGACAGGAAAUCUCGAGGAUGAACUUAACGAUGCAGCUACCGAGGACGGCCAACCUAGCCAAGUUAACCUGCCCCUAGAACUAUCUCGCCUAAAGGCCGAGAACGAUUUGCUGCGUAGCACAGUCGGCUCUGGGGAUACCGCGCCACUACGCCGAGAGCUGGACGAAGAGAAGCGACAACGUGCUCACCUUCAAAAGAACUAUAACGACAUUUUCGAAAAGCAUGCUGUUUUGCAUGAUCAAAUGGAGGCUCUGAUCAACAACAUGACCGGCGAAGGGUUAGUCAAAGCAAUUGAUGAAGCCGGUACUCCUGAUGGGAAUCAGAUACUUACUUCGGAUUACUACAGGACCAAGGCCUUUCUCAACAUUAAACAGUCAUUAUUGCAGUGCGAAUUCGAACUCGAACAGUCGAAGAAGAGGGAGAAGGACCUCUCCGUUCAGGUGGCAGAUCAAGGCCGCGAACUUCUUGCUGCUAAGGCUCAGCUCUCGGCUCUCGACAAAGAAGGGGCAGAUGCUCUUAAGGAGCUCAAGAGCGCUGAUGUUACCAUCAUCUCGUCCCUCAAGUCUGAGCUCGACUACACAAGAGAGCAGCUCAGCUACACUAUUGCCGAGAGAGAUGCGCAGCAAACCCAGCUCGUCGAUGCUCUCCUUACCAAGGAUAAGCUGCGUAAGGAGGUGGAAGAGGGCCGGGAGCUGCAAGACAUCAAUGGCACAGGCGAUGCACCACCUGACCCCAGCAAGAAGGGUGAGCUGAUUGAGAAGCUGCGUGCCCGCCUCAGAGAAAUCCGCGAGGUGAGUCCAUUUUUUGAUGCAAUUGUUAAUGGUGAUGGGGAAGACCUAGUGGUCUCAGACAAAGAUAGCCAGAUGUCGUUAGAAGACGAUGCCGCUUGGCCUUUGAAUCCCACAUUUGCAGGUGGUCGACCGAGUUUAUCGCUAGAUCCCAUUGGAACUGAGAUCCCGAGACCUGCUUCUGCACUACUACCCCUGCGUCCCCUCCAGCGAGGGCAACAACUUGAACGAUCGGAGACGGACAGAAUCGACCUACAACGUAAACUCAAGGCUGCACACGAUGGCGAGGCUGUGGCUGCACAAAAGGCCGCGAGCGAUCAAAUUAUCCGGAACCUUGAAAGAGAAAACGCUCUCAUCUCAUCAGCAUGGUAUGAUCUUACGAGCCGGCUUCAGAGCAACCAUGUCGUUUUGCAAAGGCGGCACGAAGCUCCGCGGAGCUGGCUUAACAAGCAGAGGCAGAUGGUCAAUGCGACCCCGAAGCGAUAG